CGCUCGGGGCGGCGCGGGGAGCGCCGCGGGCCAGCGGCAGCGCUCAGCUGCCGGGGCCCGCCCUGCCCGCGGAGCAGCGGCACGAGGGAGCGGCUGGCUGGCCUGGGGCCUGGUGACCGGGACACCUUUCUGCUUCGGUUUUGGCCAACUUUGGUUUUCAUGACAAUGGAAUUUUUCCUCUCCAUGAUGGCAAGAAAGAACCUCUUCCUCAGCCUCCUGCUCUGCUACAGCCUGUUUAGGGCUGCUGAUUCCCACUUGGUCAUUGAGGAGAAGACAGAAUGCAAUCUGUCCAGGAGAAGCAAAAUGGACCUCUCAGAUCUUCCACCCAUCUCCAUAGUAGAUUUAACUACAAAAUCCCAGAAAGUCAGCAGGAAAGAGGCAGAGAACAAGAAAUCUUCCAAGAAAAAUGCUAAACGCAAGAUAUCUCCAAAGCCAAGGCCUUCACCUGCUGCUAACUGUGUGCCAACUUUCAAAACCUGCAAGCCACACUUGAAUUCCUGCUGUCACUACUGUGCUCUGUGCAAAUGCCGAAUCUUCCAGACGAUCUGCCAGUGCCUGAUGUUAAACCCCAAGUGUUAAGCCGAGUCAGAAACACAGCAGGCCUUCUGUCUUUCAUUAGCUUCUCAAACCUAUGUGUAGGAAUCAACUCUUCAACCUUUCUUCUUCUGCUGCCAAGGACACUGCCCAAAAGCAGGAAGACAUAUCUGGGACUUUGAGGAAGAAAGGAAAGAUCAGCAAAAGAUGAAUGUAUGUCCCACAUGUACAUCUUGAAGCAAACCAUUCCAAGCAAUCAAUUCUUUGCCCUUUCUUGCUGCAGGAGCUGCAGUUCAGGCAGGAAUGUCCAAGAGCUGCAGCAAUCAGGGGAAAAACAUAUGUCACAUGCUGUAUCAAGACUUAAAGGCUCAGAAAGAGAUGGCUGAAGCUCAAGGCAACAGAAGAUUACUUUCUCUUGUUCUUGAAACUCUUUGCCUUAAAUUUGAGGUAUCCAAAUGGCACAGAAGGAAAACCCUUCUUGGUUAAACUCCCAGGAGAGCAAGGAGGGAGCAGACCCAGAAAACGUCCCUGCCACUGAAGAUUUUAUUUGCCAGACUCCAGCUCUUGCUUUUUACUUCCUCUGUUCUGUACCUACAGUGUCUUUCUCCUGCUCCCUUACUGUUUUUAAUUCUGUGCCACUUCCUUGUUUUUAGCGUUUUCCCUUUAUCCAACUGCUAUUUUUAGUUACCACAGGAGCACUCCAGGGCUAACCCACAUCUCCCAUAUUCUCUCCACCUGCCUGCUCCAGGGUCCCUUCCAGUGCUCUUUAGCUUUCACAACCAGAUUUUUCGAGCCAUGAAUUUCUAAUCAGGAUAUCAGGAAUUUUCUAAUCCCCUAUGCAGGUCUAAAUGAGAAGACAGUUGUUUACUGAUUUAUUUCUAAACACAGCUGAGGGCUACAAAAAUCUUCCAGGCAGGCAGGAAACAAUGAUACAGAUGACACUCCAAAGGGCCUCAAGCCAUAUAAAGGUUUUGUUGGGUUUUUUUUUAAUUAUAAUAAUUAGUUUAAAGCCCAGAACUCAAAACUAAGGUCAGAUAUUGACAGAAAUUUUUGUUCAUACUAGAUAUAUGUAUAGUUCUCAGAUGAAUCUAAGAAAGAGCCCUAAUGAUGACAGAAUGUCAUUGUGUUCUUUAUCUUUUAUAAGGCACAUCAAUUGACAUGUCUGAUAUAAGCUUGAAUUCUUGUAAAUAUAUGUGUGUCUUUAGCCAGAUUUCUUGGCUGAGGAAUCUGUAAGCCACUCAGUUGUGAAAAAGGAGAUGAGAAGGAAGAGCAAUACAUUAUAAUGGAUUUCAGAAUGUGGCUUCUUCUUUUACUAGGUAAAGAUUUAGGUUCCAUCAUUUUUUUUUUGAAAAUUCUCAUAACUAUAACAAACUGCUGUUGAUUUGAUGCCUUAAGUUUUAGCUUUCAUAUUUUUCAGACGCUGUACUGCAUAGUAUAUAACUCUGAACUUCAUAUAAAGUGUUGGCAAGUUCUCCUCACAGUUCAGUCAGACAAAACAAUCCUUUUCAGCCCCAGAACCAAGGACACUG